GAUUCAGUCUUCCUUCCUCACUCUCGUCUCGUCAUCACGUAAAGGCCCUAAUUGGCCUUGGGCUCUUUGUUCCCUUUGCCUUUAAAGACGCCGUCCGAAUUUUCUGGUAAUCGGAGGAAUAGUCAGUCGAGGAGCAGAGGCAUGGGGAGGAAGCUUGAUGCUUUACUCGGAAGGAACUUCAAGACUGCCAAGUUCAAACCGCUCGUCAACCUCGCUCUCUCUCGUCUCGCUGUUCUCAAGAGCCAACGGCAGAUCCGCUGCUCCCAGGCUCGCUCCGAUGUGGUUCAGCUCCUCCAACUUGGCCACCACGAUCGCGCUCUCCUUCGUGUUGAGCAGGUGAUCAAAGAGCAGAAUAUGUUGGAUGUGUUUGUUAUGUUGGAAGGGUAUUGUAAUCUCUUGAUCGAGAGAGUCCAUCUCAUGGAGCAGGACAGAGGAUGUCCCGAGGAGCUGAAGGAGGCUAUUUCGGGGUUGAUUUUUGCGUCUUCAAGAUGUGGGGAAUUUCCAGAGCUUUUAGAGAUUCGUGCAGUUUUUGUGUCUCGCUAUGGCAAAGAGUUUGCUACUCGUGCUAUUGAGCUGCGCAACAACUGUGGUGUUAGUACUAAGCUUAUACAAAAGCUCUCAACUAGACAGCCAGAUUUGGAAAGCAGGAUGAAGGAGCUCAAGGAGAUUGCUGCUGAGAACACUAUUGUUCUACAAGUGGAGGAAAUUUCCUCUGUUUCCAGUAAGGAAAAUGUGGACUCAAGUAAGAAGCAAAACCAGACAGAGCCUGUGAUGAGUGAUGGUUUUGGAAAUGAAGAAGGGUUUUCUGAUUCAAUGGAAGCAAGGCAAAAGUACAAGGAUGUUGCUGAUGCAGCUCAAGCAGCUUUUGAGUCAGCUGCAUAUGCAGCAGCUGCUGCAAGAGCAGCAGUGGAACUCUCUAGAUCUGAUUUUCAUGAUCCUGAUAAUCAGAAUAGUCCCAGAACACCACAAAGAAGAGUGAUCGACAGACAUGAAUCAGAUUCUAAAGACAAGGAAAUUCAGAAUGGUAGUCAAGCAAAGGAGGAGGUGAAUCAGAGCAAGAAGGCUUCAGAAAUCAACACUACAAAUUCGUUUGAUGAUGUAGACCCUCUCAAGCUGCUGGAUAAGGAUAUAAUUUUGAAAGAUAGUGACGAUGAAGGGAGCCAUUAUUCAAAUCCUGCAAUGAUUCAUAGGGAUGGAGAUCAAAUCGCUUCAAACCUUCAUUCUGGCGUAAAGCCAGAGGUGGGAUUUGGACACUCUCCAGCACGCACUGCUGAAGGAUCUGGAAUAAAAGCCAAACAAAAGUUAGCCAUCAAUAAGGAAGCAUUCUCAAUGAGGACCAGACAACCGCGUGGCCACUAAGGAGCACAAGCAAGUAUCUGUUUGUAAGAUUGGUGAGAGUUUGUGAAUCAGUUUGCCUUUGUUCUCUCAACAAUUUUCUUGGCGUGUAAACUUGGCGAGUUGCAUUGAUGUUUUGUACCUAAUUUAUUUCCAUUUUUCCUACAAGGUAAAAAUAAAGAGUUUUGAAAAAAGUAUAUCUUGAAGU